UAGUCAGCUGCUGCGAGCAGGAAGUGUCCGAGGAGCGGGUGGAGACUGCAGGAUGGCCCCGGACCCCUGGUUCUCCACCUACGAUUCUACUUGCCAAAUUGCACAAGAGAUUGCUGAGAAAAUUCAACAGAGAAAUCAGUAUGAAAGAAAUGGUGAAAACACAACGAAGCUUACCGUGACAAUCAGAGCUUUGUUGCAGAAUCUGAAGGAAAAGAUCGCCCUUUUGAAGGACUUAUUGCUAAGAGCUGUGUCAACACGUCAGAUAACACAGCUUGAAGGAGACCGAAGACAGAACCUGUUGGAUGACCUUGUAACUCGAGAGAGACUACUUCUGGCAUCCUUUAAGAACGAGGGUGCAGAACCAGAUCUCAUCAGGUCCAGCCUGAUGACUGGAGGGGCUAAGCGAGGAGUACCCAACCCUUGGCUCUUCGAGGAGCCAGAGGAGACCAGAGGCCUGGGUUUUGAUGAAAUCCGGCAGCAGCAGCAGAAAAUCAUCCAAGAACAGGACGCGGGCCUUGAUGCCCUUUCCUCCAUCAUAAGUCGCCAGAAACAGAUGGGGCAGGAAAUUGGGAAUGAGCUGGAUGAACAAAAUGAAAUAAUUGAUGACCUUGCCAACCUGGUGGAGAAUACAGAUGAGAAACUCCGCACUGAGACCAGGCGUGUCAAUAUGGUGGACAGAAAGUCAACAUCUUGCGCCUCGGUCUGAAACGCUUGCUGCACAAGGAGCUUCUUGGUCUCAACUGCUCUCCCAGCUCUGAUCCCGCCUGAACAUCCGUGAGAGUACUUCCUGAAACACCGCUCAUCAUCUGCCUUCGCUCCUCAGAAACAGCUCCUCCCCGUCUCUCGGGUCAGCCGAGGCUCCGGCCUGGCAGUUGCCUGCGCGCUCUGCCUCAGUCUGUCCGCUUCCUCCAUUGCCAUUAUAUUUCCUGGUAUUGCACAAGGUAAACCUCUCACCCCAGCCAGGAAGUAGUGGGAUUCCUGCCCAGCUGAAGCUUUUGGUCAACCUGAAGAUGCUUCUGGAGGCGGAAAUGAAUAAAAAGGAGAUCUGUUUUCUGGUUCUGGCAAGAAGAUGGACAGAGAUGAUAUCCACUCACACACACCUUAUGACGAGCAUCUCGAAAUGCUAGAUCAAAUGUUACAAAACCCCCUGAAUGUUAAUGCAGAGCUGAGUUUACAAGGAAGAAAGGAAAUCCCCAGAUGAAAGAAAUGGAGAGAGAACUGGCAACCAGAACCUAAGCAAACGAACGGAUGCGGCUGCUGGGGCGUUAUCAGCCGUAGUGAUGUCGAGCAGGGUCGGCAAAAUCCCGUGAAAGGGCCAGACAGGAAAUAGGUUAGGCGUUGCAGACCACAGACGGUGUGUCACAUCUUCUUCUUUUUUGACAACACUGAAAAUAUAAAACACGCUUCUUGGCUCAUGGGUUGUACAAAAAACAGACCACCAGCCAGACUGGGCCUGUGGGCCAGAGUUUGCCCACUCCUGAUGUAGAGCUUGGGUUUAUGUCCACAUGAAGACAGGAGGAAAAAAUCUUAGGUCCCUGAGAGGGGACACUCUCGAAAGAUUAGAUCAUCAGAGAAAGAGGGGGUAUUAGAAAAAAUUCACCCACUGUCACAGGGAGAUGACAAAGAAGGUUCCUCAGUAUCUAAAACCAUGGACAGGGUGUGUUUACAUGGGUUGGGUUUAAAAUUUACACUACCUGAAUGAUAUUGAACCCUGGAGAUCUGUCCCUAGAAUUUAGGGAACUUGGAUGGGAAAGCAAAUUUCAUUCUUAUUUUCACUAACCUCUAAUUGAGAUUUAGCGUUUUCUUCAAUUAAGAAAGUAGGCAACAGGCCACAGCGGUAUUGCUCGUGCUUGUGACUGUCACCAAUGGAAAUCACAGAUAUUUUCACAUCAAAGUAUAGUGCCUGUAUUAUCUCAGAACUUAAAAAAUAUGUAUUUUGAUAAGCAUACUUCAAUAUAAAUUGGAAAUUUUAAAACAUACUUCUAAAUAAUUAUGGGGACAAAGAAGAAAUUGAUGAACAUUUUUAAAUAUUUAGAAUGUAGAAACUAACAACAAUGAAAUUAUUUCCUAUCAAAACUUGUAGCUUUAGAAGGGUGAUAUUUAGAAGAAAGAUGGAAAAUGAAUGAGCUAACUUUCAAUUCAAGAAGUUAGAGAAAGAACAAGAAAGUAUAUCCAAAGAAAGUCUAUGAAUAGUAUGAUUAAUAAAAAUGUGAAAAUUAAUAAACAAGAGAUGAUCAACAAAGUCAAAACUUGUUCAUGGAAAAGAUUAAUGAAAAGAGGCACACUUGUGGCAAAGCUAGUCAAGAAGAAGAAUGCACAACUAAGUGGCGUUAGCAAUGAAAAGGACACAGAUACAGCAUAGUGUUUAAAUUAUGAGAGAAUAUAAUGAACAGUUUUAUGCCAAUACUUUUGAAUACUCAAAAAAUGGGCAGUUUCCCAGCAAAAUGUAGCUUAACAAAACCAACUCAAAAAGAAGGGAAAGCAGAAUUCUUGCUGUGGGAAGCUAUCCAAGUGUAGAGUGAGUGUUGAAAAGACAUUGAACAGCCAUUCAUUCAUUUAUUCAACAAAUAUGUAUUGAGUCUCCACGCCAGGCACUGUCACAGAAGCGGGGGAUGCAGCAGUUAAUAAAAUUAUUGAAACUCCAUACUCUGUGUCACUUCUGUCCAAUGGAACUUUCUAUGAUGAUGGAAAUGUUCUUUAUUGUCUCCAUCCAAUAUGGUAGCCAUUGGCCACAUGUGGCUUUUAAGCACUUGAAAUAUGGUUAGUGCAAGUGAGAAACGGAAUUUUUGACUUUAAUUUUAAUUAAUUGAAAUUUAAAUAGCCUAUCAUGGCCAGCGGUUAUCUAGCUAAUAAGAUCAAUAAUAUGUUAAUGGCUUCCUGUAAGAGAAUAAGUUGGUGAACUCCUGGGACUCUGACUUUUCCUCAAACGGGUCCUCAGUCUGAGGAGGGUAGUCCUGGUGGCCAAACCACCACAGCAUCCUGUGCGUCUGACUCACUUGUUACUUUGGAGGGCAUUUUCACAGGCUUCAUCUCAUCUGCUCCUCACUUCCCUCUCGGGCCUCAGUAGCUCGGGGACCUUGCGUGAGCAAAGGUUUAUUGAGUGCUUCCUUCGUAACGGCGGUCCCACGGCCAUGGUGAGCGCUCUUUACAUCCGGGUAAGUGGAGUAGGAGGCGGUGAACUCGCUGAGUGACGGCCGCCUCGUCAGCGUCAGUGGAAGGAACGGGCAGCAAUAAGGGAGAUGCGGGAUCUCGGAGGUGGGGCGGGUUGACCGCAGAGCUGGACGCAGGGAGCAGACCGGCUGCGAGGGCUAGUGCUCUCCUUUGUGUUCCCCAGCCAAGAAUCUGAAGACAUAAAACUCGAAAAUAGUGGUACAAAAACUAUAUAUAAAGAGAAAGUCCCUCUAUUGGCUGGUUGUACAGGUGGGUGACUAAGUAUCGGGCAUAAGAAGAAAAGGCAAAGCCAUGUGGAUGGCGGAGAAAGCAGAUCUAGAGUUAAGAUUUCUUUGUAAACGCGGAAGCUCUUUGCUUUAUCGAUGCCUCAUCAAUGCAGGCAGAAAACAGGGCCAAGCUACGGGGAGAAGCUGGGCUAGGGGCUGCGCGCGCACCCUCCCCGUCCCGGGCUGAGUGGCAAGGCCCCACCCAGGUCCCCCGCAGUCGAGGUGGGAGGGCCAUCUCCGGUUUGCCUAGAGCCCCGCGCUUCUGCACCCACCAGCCUGCAAAGCCAGAGUUGUGCAGCAGCAGUGCCCCGGAGCCACGCACACACACACAGGCACGCACGCACGCGCGCGCGCACACACACACCUCAAACAGAAGGCUCGGCACGGACAUACUGAGGAGCUGCGUCCACCGUCCUCUCCGAAGAUACCAAAUAGGAUAUGUAGCGCUUUUCUGGUGUGGAUCUUAAAGGGGUCUUUUCUGUUUC